AUGUGGAGUCAACAGAGUCAGUCGGUGAACGCCCGUCAAAGCAGCGGCGGCAGUUUCAAAAGAGGUCUCAUUUCUUCUGAAAUGGGAGGCCCAUCGGCAAAGAAAAUUGCUCCCGUUCUCGAAGAUUCAUUCAAAGUUACCAAGACGUUCAAUGUCACAACUAAUAUGCUUCCUCUUAACGUAUGGAGUAUGAAGAAAGUGCAGCGGAUCAAGACAGAGACAUUUAUUGUUUCAAGUCAAGGCGAGAAAGUCCAGUUGGACCUUCCCGGCACUGUUGCGAAUGAUGUAUUAACUAACAAUGUUCGUCUCCGUCAGCUGGCAUUAAUGACAUUGAUUCCUUACUUGAGACCCAAGCUGUUCCCAAAACAACGUGACUUCGUCUUUGACUCAACAACUCUUUACGUUCCGGAAGGACAAUACAUCGGAGAAACCGUUGAAGAAUUUAAAAUUUGCAAAAAACAGUUUGAGAAUUUGCCUGGUUUUUGGAAACAAAGUAUCUCUAGAUUCUUGCGUAACGAUGACGAUGGAUUUCUUGUGAGACUUACCAAAGAUGGAUACAUACCACAAGGAGACAAGGCGCUGGAGGAGGAAGCUCAUCGUUCAGAGUUCAUCAGAUUCCUGGGAAUCCUUACUAGUCAGAAAUCGAAUAAAGAGAUGUACUUUCAUAAAGGAAAUGUGUCAUACCCUGUUGAUUCGAAGCAAGAUCAGUUGGAUUCCACAGUCUACACCAGAGCUGGAUUUGCAAAAUCAAUUUUUAUUACCAGAGAGAACGCUGCGGUCACAAUGAGCAUCAACACACAAUUUUGUUCAUUCUACAGAACUCUUCCAAUUCUGACUCUCGUUUUCAACAUGCACAAAGAAUUCAAAAAUGGAGUUUCAACAAAUUCCAUCGAUGAGGCUGAUAAAUGUUUGAGAGAAAAUAGUGAAUUCUUGAGAAUCGUGAAGAAAGAGUUGAUCGGACUCUAUGUCAAAGCAACACAUUUGAAAGAAGGUGCCAACCUUUUGCAAAUUGCCGGACUUUCCAAGAAGAACGCCGAAAACGAAUUCAUAACGCUAGAAGGUCAUUCAAUCACCGUUGCGGAGUACUUUUAUAAGGUAUACAACAUCACACUCCAACAUCCAAGAAUGCUUCUGAUUAUUGGAAACCUAUUCGGAAAAGAGAGCGUCUUUCCAAUGGAAGUGCUGAAAGUUGCCCAAUAUCAACUCAAGCAUUCUAUGAGUAUCAAGGACAAGAAGAAAUAUAAGGAAGCCAUUGAACUCUUCUCAGCUCCAGAGUCCUACAUGCGUGAUGUUGCUUCUGUUAUCAGCGAUCCGCUGGAACUAAACAACAGUUCGUUGAUGAAAGCUUUCGGAAUUGAAUGCAGAUUCAAUGCACCAGUUUUCUCACAAGCUAAGCUUCUGUCCUGCCCGGAUAUCAAAAUAGGAACGGAGGUCAAAAGACUUCAGCUUGGAAGUUCAGAAAUACCUCAAACUGAAUCAUUCGAACAGCCAGCAAAUAUUCAUCAAGCUGCAGUCAUUUCAUUCGACAACAUCUUGAGCAAAAAAAAGGUUAGAGACCUUGCUGUGAGGAUUGAAGAAAUUUGCUUGGAAAAAGGUAUAAAAACUUCAUCAAAAUUUUGUGCUCAUGAAAUGUCUGCCGAAGAUUACAUGCUGAUGGACCGUAUGAUGGGAUGGAAGAAUCGGAAAAUUGGAAUCGUGAUCGGAAUAGUCGAAAAUGAAAAGUCUGAUGUGUAUGAUGCGCUGAAGUACUACCGAAUCACGAAAGUGCAGACGAUCAUUCUCACCAAGGAAACUGUAGAUCAAAUCUUAAAUGACAACACGGAGACUAUCAACAAGGUCACAAGAAAGAUAAACAUGAAGUGCGGAGGCAUCAACUUUCUUGUUAACAUUCCAAGAACAAUUGACGGCAAGGAAAGUGCGCUGCACAAGAAAUUGAGAGCAUGCGUCCAACACAUCGGAAUAAAAACGUAUCAAUCUAUCGAUAUGAAGAAUCACAGAAUGACCAUGAUAGGAGCUUCAUUCAAUGUGUCCACCUCGUCCCGACUCAGUGGUCAUUGCUACCAGGAGAUGCACCACCGUCGAAAAAUCCAGGCAAUUGAUUCGAUUCUAUUGGAGAGUCUAGAAUCCUAUAACAAACGAUCCAAGCAAUAUCCCGCGACAAUUGUCCUUUACCGCAGCAUCUGCAACAACGAGGAUUUCGGUAUGGUGAAGGAAGAAGUAGAAGCAAUUCGAGAAUCAUUUGUUGGUAGAAAUGAUGCAUACUCCCCGUCCUUGGUGGUUUUAGCCGUUCAAGAAGACGCUCUUGUCAGAUUGUUUGUGCCAGCAGCUGAUUUCAAAGGACCUAAUACAAAUGUUCCACCUGGCACUUGUAUCGACACCAAUAUAAUCACCUACGGGUACGAUGAGUUCAUCUUGAACUCUCAUACUCCAACUAAAGGAGUGUCGGUACCAGCCAGAUACACUAUCCUGGCCAAUGACCCCAGCUGGACCAAAAACGAAAUUGCCCACAUCACGUGGUUUAUGACAUUCAAUAAUCAAGUUGCAUACAAACCGCAUGCUGUGGUAGACGUACUUCAUUUUGCGGGAAAAUUAGCCAAGAGAGGGACAAACAUUCUUAGAUUUGAACAAAAUAUCACGCCGUCUGAUUCCGAUGCAGCGUAA